CUUAACUACGCACAAAAGAACACACACUGGAGGCAAACCUUACCAAUGUGACGUUUGCAACAAGAGAUUUUCAGGAUUACACAAUUUAACACGACAUAAAACAUCAGCACACAAGAGAAAUCAGAGUUUUGAGUGCGGUAUCUGCAAGAAAACAUUCAGACAACGACAAACUUUCAAACGUCACUGGAUGUCGCACUUGAGAGAUGGCUUAUUAUUGUGCCACACCUGUGGCAGAGAAAUUAUUCGAGGUCAAGCACAUGCUAAUGAGAUACAGAAGAGUGAUGAUCAUUUUGACUGUGACAAAUGCAACAAACAGUUCCCUGAUAUUGAAAGUUUAAGUCAGCACAAGGCCAAAGACCAUGGUAUGUCCUACCAAUGUGAUGUCUGUAAGGAAUUAGAAGCAAGAGAAGCAACUGGUAUUGGUUAUAUCGGUUGUGCCUGCGAUGCAGAGUUUGAAAUUGCCACUGAACUUGAAGAUCAUAUGAGUAUGCAUGACAACAUGCUGCCCCACUAGCUAGGCAAUUAACAUAUCUAGGCAAUUAACAUAUCUAGGCAACAUAAAUUGAAAAUAUUUGUUUGAUAUGUUGUAAUGUGUUGAAAUUUAUCUUGAAGUUGUUUUGAG